AUGUUUGUAAUUGAAGCUAAAGUAAUUUGCAAUGAGGUUGCAGAAGUCAAUAUUAAAUCAGUUUAGUCUAAGGAUUUGAAGCUAUACAUAAAUAUCAUGAAAUGUAUGAGUGUCAAAGUUGAGAGUAAAGUCCCAGAACAAUCAAAAACUCAAGAAAAAACAUCAUUGUUCUUAACCUUUCUUACAUAUUGA